AUGUCAAGGAGAGGAGAUGAGAAUUUUUGGGAAGUAGGAAUUUUGAGGAAAUGGAAAUUCCAGGAAAGCAGAAGAACAAGCAUUAUAGAAUUAUUUAGUAUUGGAGUAUCUAAAAAUAUUGAUUGUGCAAUUAGUGAUCACAAAUCCACUGGUGGAUAUUAUGUUUAUGCAAAACCUACAGAUAAUCAUAAAAGAGAAGCAUUAGCAAAUGUUCUAAACAAGAUAAUUACUACUGAAGAAUUACAAAAUUUAAUUGAAGAUUCUAACUCUGAAAGUGAUAAUACUUCUAAAA